AUGGUGGACGGCGAAGUUGUUGGCGAUUCGGGGAACUUGUUCAAGACAUAUCACAACUUCACUGGCGCCUACCAUAUCGAAAAGAUAUUUUCUGCAAAAUGGACAAAGAAGAAAGAAGAAGGAGCGACUCAUCCUUUUGCAGAGAAUCGGGGGCACGGAGGUUGUUCGUCCGAUAGUGAUGAAGAUUUAUACACUCACAGUGUUGACAUUAGGAAGGUAAGAGCUACGGUACUUGAUCCAGACGGUUUAUGCAAAGAUCUCCCAAACGGUGAUAACGUAACUCCCCGUAUUGUGAAACCUGAUAUCAUUCCGGUAGAUGACGAUGACUCGGAUUCACUCGAUCUUUCUGAUCCAGAAAAUCUGUGCCCAAAGAAAGCUAAGGAAUCCUCUAAAAGGCGGAGAAAGCGCAUGGAGCAGGAACAACUGCAAGAGUUGGACGAGAUACUGCACGAGCCAAUUGUUACGAAUGUAGUUGUUCCGAAGAGAAUAAAAAGGUGUCGUCCUGCAGUAAUUGAUCUCUGCCAAUCCUCCGAUAUUUUGAAUGACAGCAUAGAGUCGAUAGAGUCUAAUACUGGAUUGACGUCCGCGAAGAAUGCUGCUUCUGGAAAAGGAGCCACAGAUUCUAGCAAAGAAGUUGAUCUUUUUGUAACCGUCAAUGUGGAUCACGAAGCUGGAAAGCCUGGGCGAUUUAUGACAAUUCGCCGGGAUGAACCAUUUGACAAGCUACGCCCUGCAUUUGCGAGAGAACUGAAGUGCCAUCAACUUGAUGUUCUGAUUCAUGUCAAUAAAGUGGAUGCAGGUCCAGGAGAUACCCCAGACUCGAUGGGUCUUGAUUUAAAAAAGCUAGCUCUCGUAAAUGUUUUCUCUCUGAAAUCUGGUUCCACUUACGAAGAGGACCUUGCAAACGAUCCGAAUUUCAUAGCGGUAAAGUGUAUAUUUGCCAAUUCUCGCCCUCGGUGUGUCUACAUCAGUCUGACAGAACCCUUUUCCGAUGCAAAAAAGCGCAUUGCAAAGGAACUGAAGUUGACGCAAGCUAUAGAUAAGCUGGUGUUCGACAGCGAGGUCCUUAAUGAUGGAGAUAAUCCGGGGGCUAUUGGAAUGGAGGCUGAUGACGUAAUCGAAAUACAUUUGAAGAAAUAG